ACAAGCAUUUCAUCAUCAUCAUCAUCAAUGUCUAAGCCAAGGCUGGAGGGCAAGGUGGCUCUCAUCACUGGUGCAGCUGGGGGCAUUGGUGAGGAAGCAGCAAGACUUUUUGCAGCGAAUGGAGCGUUUGUUGUCGUAGCUGAUAUUCAAGACGAAUUGGGUCUUCAAGUUGUAGCCUCAAUAGCCUCCGAAAGGGUCUCUUACUUCCACUGCGAUGUUAGAGACGAAAACCAAGUUGAACAAACCGUAAGUUACACAUUGGAAAAAUACGGCAGCUUAGACGUAUUGUUCAGCAAUGCAGGCAUUAUGGGUCCAAUGACUGGUAUUUUAGACCUCGAUAUCCAAGGUUUCGACAACACAAUGAUCACAAAUGUCCGCGGAGUAGCGGCGACAGUGAAGCACGCCGCGCGUGCCAUGGUUGCUAGAAAAAUCCGUGGUUCAAUUAUAUGCACUUCAAGCGUUGCAGCUUCACUCGGAGGUACAGCUCCACAUGCUUAUACAACAUCAAAGCACGCCUUAAUCGGGUUGGUGAGAUCGGCUUGUAGUGAGCUUGGUGCUUAUGGGAUUCGAGUGAACUGCAUUUCCCCAUUUGGUGUAGCAACCCCUCUUUCGUGUAAUGCUUAUAACUUGGCGCCCAAUGAGGUCGAGGCCAAUAGCUUGGCCAUUGCCAACUUGAAGGGAACUGUGUUGAAGGCCAAUCAUGUCGCAGAGGCCGCUCUGUUUCUUGCUUCAGAUGAUUCAUGUUACGUUAGCGGACACAACUUGGUUGUUGACGGAGGCUUCUCGGUGGUCGAUCACAGUUUUUCUUCCAAUUAA